AUGCUUCACACCACGGCCCUCGUCUUCUUCAUCGGAAUAAUGUUUCGUGCCAUAUCGCUGACUGUGCAGAUGCUGGGCUGGUGGCUGCUAGUCAUUUCGGAUGAAAAGCCUCCUGCUCUGGACAUGCUCGGUGCAGUUUUCUCGCUAGCAGCAAAUUUCAUCUUCAUCUGCAAUGCACUGAGCAUAGCUUUUGGCUAUACGAUCGUCUGCGGACAUUUCAACUUUGAGGUGUGCAACCUCUACGGUGGAUUCCUGCUGGUAUACAUUGUCGGCAGCGGAGCCCUCGGUGUACUCGACAGCUGGACGACCGAUGCGGACCGAUUUUUCGUCUAUGAAGCUGGUGCCGGCCUGGGCUUCUUCUUUUUGCGUCUUUUUGGCUGGUCGGUCACCUUAGCCGCCUGCCUAUUUACAGUCUUCCAUCACAGACGGAAGAUACGAUUCUACUCUGUUUUUAUGCCAACCAUUUCUGUGUGGUACCUGGCUCUACCCCUGACCGUCUUACUAGUCAAGGGCUGUAUCGUCGACUAUGAUCGAGCAAGGAUCGUCUAUGCUGUUGAAUUAUUUCUCGAUCUCUUCGCCAGUGUCGCAAUUCUGGUAAGUACAAACCGCAGUUGA